UGGAACAACGUAGUGAAGGGGCGGUGGCGGCGGGGACUCCGGAAGCCCACCUUUCACCCGGAAAUGGUUGUUGAGGAACAUGGCGUUGCUGGUGCGAGUCCUUAGGAAUCACACUAGCAUCUCCCAGUGGGUUCCAGUAUGCAGCCGAUUGGUACCGGUGUCUCCUAAUCAAAGACGGUGGGGCAGAACUCUGUUUGGCCUUUCCCAGCAGCUCCAGAUGAGACAGUUCCAAGAAGGUGAUGGGUCAGAACAGAUUCCUGGAGUAGACAUACAACUGAGCAGAAAGUAUCACACCACAAAUAAGCUUCCUACUACCAAGGAUUCACCACAGCCUGCUGAGGAAAAAGUUGGUGCCUUCACAAAGAUAAUAGAAGCCAUGGGAUUCACAGGACCUUUGAAAUACAGUAAAUGGAAGAUUAAGAUUGCAGCCCUGCGCAUGUACACUAGUUGUGUGGAGAAAACUGACUUCGAGGAGUUCUUUCUAAGGUGUCAGAUGCCAGAUACAUUCAACUCAUGGUUUCUUAUAACGCUACUCCAUGUCUGGAUGUGUCUAGUCCGAAUGAAGCAGGAAGGCCGGAGUGGGAAAUACAUGUGUCGUAUCAUAGUUCAUUUUAUGUGGGAGGAUGUUGAGCAGCGUGGCAGAGUCAUGGGGGUUAACCCCUAUAUCCUGAAGAAGAACAUGAUCCUCAUGACAAAUAAUUUCUAUGCAGCAAUCUUGGGAUAUGAUGAGGGGAUCCUGUCAGAUGAUCGUGGGUUGGCUGCUGCUCUCUGGAGAACCUUCUUCAAUCAGAAGUGUGAAGACCCUCGGCAGCUUGAGUUGCUGGUGGAGUAUGUGAGGAAGCAGAUGCAGUACCUGGACUCCAUGAAUGGUGAAGACCUGCUUCUGACAGGGGAGGUGAGCUGGCGCCCUCUAGUGGAGAAGAAUCCUCAGAGCAUCCUGAAGCCCCUUUCGCCCACGUACAAUGACGAGGGUCUUUGACAUGCUGCUCCCUCUGGACUUUUGGCCAGCUGGCUUUGAAGAACUUCCAGGAGAGAAGUGACUGUUUAGCCCAGGACCCUGCAGAGAGUGGCCUGAACUGACCUGUGAACAGCCUCUGUCAAAUACCUGGCCCUUCCUGUGUUGCAUCUCCUCUUACUGUGCCCAGGAGUCUGUUCUGGUGGGGUGCAGCCCUGGGAGAAUGCCUGGCUUUUCCUCAGGAGAUGCUCCAAGCAGGAGCUCCCUGAGGGCAUACUCCCCAUGUUCUUUCAGCAGCCACGUGUGGUUGGCAACUUUUCCAAAGGCUCAGGAAGGGACAGGUUAGAAAGGGGACACCCCACUACGGGCCAGCUGUGGCCUAGGAGCGUUUGUAACGCUGCCAACUCAAGAUGGGUAACCACGUUGUAUCCCUUAGCUCUGGGCCAUGGGGUUGAGCGGCCAUUAAAAGAAACAGAGACUUAUCUCCGCCAGGCUCUUCUUUAUUCUAAGGUCUUUUAGAAACUUCCUGGCUGCUGGAUGUCCUGAGCCACUCUGCCCAGCUCCGUUAGAACCAGGGUGAGGGGAGAGGUCAGGAGAGUGUGCUGCAGCUUUGCCUGCAGGACACGGACGUGGGCCAGUGCCUGCAAGCCAGUCCUCCGGGAUGCAGGAGCCUCAGAGGGCCGAGGGGCUUGGCCCAUCCUGGGUCAUUUGGAAAGAGGCCUUGAGAACAAAGGUCCCUUUGUCACCCCAUGAACUGGGUGAGGAGCGUGCGUCUUUCCUGUCUUGGCCUCCCCUUCUGGGAGAUGGUAGAGAAAAGAGAUCAUUCGUCCCCGCGUUCCACCCCCUUCCAACUUCCGGAGCCACCUUGGGCAGAGCUCUCCACACCAUCCCCUCCUCCCUCUUGUGUGGGUCAUGUCUUGGGGGACUUUCUUAAAUCGAAGAAAGGGGCGGGGAACCGUAUUGCCCCUCCCUCCCCCAUCAAACUUCCUUCAUUUAACUUGCUAUAAAAUGAGUCAUAUAAAGAAACUCUAUAUGGGUGAGGUAUAUCCCACUUCUGUGAAAACAUUACAAAUCAUCCCGCCUUCUCUCAGUUUAUUUAAGAAGCUUUUGUUGCGCACAGAGCUCUAGAGUGAAGCCUCUCUGUGUGUGAGAUAAUAACACCUUGUAACUCAUUACAGCUGGGCACUGUUUACAUAAACCAGAGCUGAGCCAGGCAGGAAUUUGCUGAUUAAUUUAUUUUUAAUGGAGUGAAGUAUACCAUGCACCAAAAUAAACUUUACUGUGUGUACCUAA